GGAUUGCUGCCGUGCGUGUCAGCGUGGUUCCUGUGUUGGGUGAAGGUCGCGCAGAUCGGUCAUGGCUGACUUUGAUUCCAAUGUGGACCUGUCUGGGGCCGCCAGCCCGGCCGAGGCGGCGGAGUUACGGAGGAUGAUUGCGGUGGAGCAGCAGAAGGCGCAGUUCACAGCCCAGGUCCAUACCUUUAUGGAUGUGUGCUGGGACAAGUGCAUGGAUAAGCCUGGAACAAAGUUGGACUCACGGACUGAAAGCUGCUUGUCUAGCUGUGUGGACCGAUUUAUCGAUACGACCCUGACUAUCACCAACCGGUUUUCACAAUUGAUACAGAAAGGAACACAUUAACAUAACUGGAGGGGACAAAGACUGUUCGAAACAACUUUUAUUCAACGUACUCUGAAGCAGCUGCACAGCAUUUAUUUCAUAUGAGUGAAUACAUGUUUUGUAACAGCAGCACUGUCUGGCUCUGUAACAGCUAUUUUUGUGGAUUAUUAAAAUAUUCAUAAUCAACAU